CCUGGGGGUCAUGAUGGGCAGCAAGAUGGUGUCUGCCAGCCGGGUCGUUCAGGUAGUCAAGCCACAUACUCCAUUAAUAAGGUUUCCUGAUAGAAGAGACCAUCCUAAACCCAACGUGUCAGACGUUUUUGGAGCAGCAGGACUGCCAUCUCACUCUUCAGUUUCACAGCAUUCUAAGGGAAGUAAAACAUCUGACUGGUUGAUGCAUCAGGGCCCACCAGACACUGCAGAAAUACUAAAAACAUUACCUCAAAAAUACAGAAGGAAACUUGUGUCUCAAGAAGAAAUGGAAUAUAUCCAACGUGGAGGCCCAGAAUAAUCAAUGACAUUGUGGCUGCUGUUUGUCAUCAGACAAAAGAACAGUCUAUCAUAAAGGACUUCCAAAAUGACAAAUUGUACAUUAAGCAACUUUAAUAAAUAUUCUGUAAAAAGGAAACAUAGGAAAUUGAGAAGGACACUUGCACCUCCUAAUUUAUGUAUCUUGGUCAGCUUAUCCACAAGCUUACCUAAUUGUUUAUGUACUUCAUACUUAUUAAAGUGUGCAUUUAUAAAAAAAAAAUUAAGAA